GAGGUGGUGGCCCAGGAGGAGGAAGCCGGAAGUGCAUCGGACCGGGUCGGUCUGGGCGUUGCGGGAUUGGGGCCUGGGAUAGCUCGGCCCCGGGCAGCUAAGAAGCCCGUGACGGGGCGGAGCGGCGCCAUUCCAGCCCCGAGGCCUGCUAACCGGGACAGGCAGGCUCUGCGCGCCCCGCGGAGGUCGGCGGCGACCAGCAGCGACCGCAGAGCGACGGUGGGCGGCCCCGGGCAUGUAUGCCCCUGGAGGCACAGGGCAGCCCAGCGGGUGCCGGCGGAGGAGUCCGGGAGGCAGCGCUCUGCCCAAGCAGCCGGAGCGUAGCCUGGCCUCGGCCCUGCCUGGCGCCCUGUCUAUCACUGCGCUGUGCACUGCCCUCGCCGAGCCCGCCUGGUUGCACAUCCACGGAGGCACCUGUUCCCGCCAGGAGCUGGGGGUCUCGGACGUGCUGGGCUACGUGCACCCGGACCUGCUGAAAGAUUUCUGCAUGAACCCCCAGACAGUGCUGCUCCUGCGGGUCAUUGCUGCCUUCUGCUUCCUGGGCAUUCUGUGCAGCCUCUCCGCCUUCCUUCUGGAUGUCUUUGGACCCAAACAUCCAGCCCUGAAGAUCACGCGUCGCUAUGCCUUUGCCCAUAUCCUCACUGUCCUGCAGUGUGCCACCGUCAUCGGAUUUUCUUACUGGGCUUCUGAACUCAUCCUGGCCCAGCAGCAGCAACAUAAGAAGUACCAUGGCUCCCAGGUCUACGUCACCUUUGCAGUUAGCUUCUACCUGGUGGCAGGAGCUGGUGGAGCUUCAAUCUUGGCCACCGCAGCCAAUCUUCUGCGCCACUACCCUACAGAGGAAGAAGAGCAGGCUCUGGAGCUGCUGUCUGAGAUGGAGGAGAAUGAGCCCUAUCCCGCAGAGUAUGAAGUCAUCAACCAAUUCCAGCCACCCCCUGCCUACACACCCUAAUGCCAGCUGGGCUCUUCCUCCACAGCCCCUCCCCCAGUGCUGCAGCUCCUCUUACACCCAGAGGGCCUGCUUCCCCAAUAGGCCUCACCAGUAGGACCCUGACCAUCCUCACCAAACCUUCCCCAGGAGAGAUUCUGCCUUUAGGGUUGUCCAUGUGUCCCUCCUCCCAAAAGCUGGGAUCCAGCAACUUUAUAUAAUGCCUUCUCCUUUCCGCUACCCUCUGUUCCCUUCCAUUCACUAGUCACUACCAACCAGGGAUGGUCAGACAAGUAUUCCCCCAUCGAGGGCCACAUCUUUGGGACCAGGACUCCCUGGGGAGCUGCUAAUAGUGGACAUUCCCAGAGAGAGAAAUUGUCAACAGGGCCCAAGAGAGAAAGGGGACCAUGUUGGCAGACUCGAGUCACCAGGCUCUGAGCUUGUUCCGCAGCUGUGGCUCCUUGUUGACCACCUCCUUCCUCCUUGGAGUGCCCUAGUCCCAGGCUGUCCACUCCCUGGAUUCUCUGCACUUUAGUCUUUGGACUUCUCCUCGCGGGAGAAGGAACCACCGUCAUCGGGGAGUAGAGGGCCGCCCUCCCUGCCCACCCUGGCUUCUGUGAUGGGAGCCAGGCAAGGAGAGCAGGACCUGGCAGGAGCCCGCGCCUUCUGGUGCCUAUAUAGGACCAGUGUGAAGGGGACUCCAUCUCCCAGCCCCUUCACCUUUUAAAAUGAAAGGAAAAAACUAAACCAAGCAACAACCACCAUAUUCUCUUUUUAAAAUAGGGACAAGGCUGUUAUCAUUUUUCAGAAAUGAAUCCCAUCCCUUUUGGCUCUGCAAUAGUUUGGACCACAGCUCCUUCCGAGCCCUGGUGGCCCUCCCUGAGUGUCUCCCAGAAGAAUGCAGCCCCUCUCUCCUGGCUCCCUCCUCCCAGUAACGGUGGCUCCCUGGGGCCUUCCUGUGGAACCAUUGCUGCACGCCUCAGAGGGCUGAGGACUGUGGCCUGGCUGGCUGGCCAGCGUGGUGCUCCUCAGGACUGCAGCACUGAGACGGAACCUGGCCUCAGCUCAGGAACAGGGGCCACAGCAGGGCAGGACCCUCCUGUCUCCACAUAGGAACUCCGACCAGGCAACAGGCCUGCCUGCAGCCUUCAGACUCCGUGUGUCCCCUAGAAUGUGACUUGGGCUACAGCUCGCUGCAUGCCCCUGCCCCCUUCUUGAAUGUACUCUGGUCGCAGUGUGCUCCUGGCUCUUUGUUGCCCUCCAUCGCUCUGGCUACCCUGUUUGCUCUAGAUGUAGCAGAAUUUUCUGCCUGAGACCUGGAGUAUCACAUGGGGAAAAUGGGAGACACCCCCAGCCUGGAUUCAGAUGACUGAGCUGUCCGUACUCAGUUCUCUGGAGCCAUGUCCAGUGCUGAGCUAAAAAGGGAACAUAUUCCAGUCUCCCAUCCUUGAGGUGAUAAGCAGUUGGAGCAAGAAUGCAGAAUGGAUGCUGCCAUUGAGCUGUGGUAGAAGGGGACUGUCAUGCCCCUGGGCGCCUUUGGCCAGAAUGACCAGGGAUGUCUGGACAAAUGCUUGUGUGGGUGAGGACCAUGUCUGCACACGAGUGAGUGAGUGGCUGCUUGGAGUUCACUGCUGUGAUGCCAAAGCGUGCCCCGCGGUGAUGCCCCCACUCCUGCACACCCGUCCCGGAGGCAGGAGAGGCUGCCGAGUGAUGCCUGAGCACAGAGCCAAGGAGCUGAGUUAAUAAGUCUGUCUGUCAAGUCCUGAGUUUGUCAUUGGCAGGUUUCUGAGGUGUGGCUAGCUCUUUCUGAGUGUGAGUGUCUGAGCGAGCAGGCCAGAAGGCCAGGCACCAAACUCGCAUGCCAAAGUGAACGGUCAUCUUGUAAGGCCUGGGCACGGCCCUGUGGACCGUUCCAUGUGAUUCGGAACCCACUUUUUAUUGGCUUCCCAUGCCUCUGGCCUUUCUUUCCCUGCCAUCCUGACACUGAUAGUUUGUCAUAAAAGCCCUCCGGUUGUGUUUUUCUUUUUUAGGAAAAAAAAUUAAAACGCAAAACAAAAAACAGAAACUACAGAUAAGAAUGUAAGUGCCAAUGGCUGCCUGUCAUUUUUCUGUCACAAUUUUCCCAAUUUGAUCUGUUCCCUUCCUCUCGGAAAAGCAGAGGACAUAGAUGAGGCUUGUGAUUUAAAACAGUGAGAAAGGACUUGGCGUGUGCCUGCUUCAUGACAUCUGUACCUCCAGAGGCCUCCUAGCCCUGACACCUUUCUCACAGGGAACUUCCAAGCCCUUCAGCUACACACAGUCGAUGGCGUCCCAGCCCUUUCUCCCUGCCUCCCCUGGGGAGCUGCAGGAGAGCUGUUGGACCUCACUGUGGGGAGGAAGGCUUUAGCUGCCCUUUCAUUGAUGCCAUAGGACGCAAUGCUGACGGAGGCCUGGGAGUAAGUGGUUCCAGGAUGACCUGCAGGAGGCGUUUCCAGGUGGUGCUGGGAACUAGUGUUGCUCCCACUCCAUUCUCCACCCACAGCCUGGGUCCCAGUGUAUAUGAUGGAGGACUUAGGGCUUCCUUAGGGAGCGACCGAUUUAGAUGGUCUUUUUUUUUUUCCCUGCGAAGAGUACACGUCUUUAUUAGGAGCUGAGAAUUUGUUCUCUUCUGCCUGCUCAGACAUUCAUAUGAAGGGUCCCUUGUGUUAUGCACAAAUCACCAUUAGCCUCCAUGAGAACAUGGUGAUUAGCAGGAUCCUGUCUCCUGGGAUUUUGAUGUCCUUAGUUCAGGAGAUGGCCUUGUGCCUUGUGGAGGGAAGUGAGGUGUCUGCUGGACAGCUAGGAACAGCGCCGUUCCAGAGGAAAGGAACAGGCAGCUUCAGGGGGAGAGGACAUUCCCACCAAGGGGAUGGCAAGGACAACACUGCACUGGGGACCAGGACCUGGUGGGAGAAGGGGUGAAGGCCCAUGGAAUGCCCUAAAAGCCACAGGGAGAGGGAAGGGGGGCACACAGCUCCAUGGGUAUGACAGUGUGAAGGAGGGCCUCCUGGUGUAAAAUGUGAGAAGGUGGGACAGAUAGGACUGACACCCCAGUAGGGGGGGAAGCAGCAGUCACAGCCAGGGGCUAGGUAGGGACCCAAUAACCCCAGUCCUUGCAAAUCCGCGAGCAUUCAUACUCCACAGUUGGAAGGUAGAGUCAACUGCGGACCUCGGUGGGGCACAUGAGGGGCACUAAAAAGCCCUUGGGAAACAGGAAGUGGUGGUUGCCAAGGGGAAAAGAUGUCCUCACCACACACCCAGAGGCUCUCCAGCUGGCAUCUCACCCACAGUUGUACAUGCUCUGGGGCACUAUGCUAAUGAGACCCAAGGUUCUAUAGGGAGACACAAAGGAACUAAUAAACUUCCUGGCCCUUGUUUUCAAAUA